CUUCUGCUUGCGACAAAGACCACACGCUCAUUAACCACGAACCUUCCCACAGUUUCCGACACCGCUUUCCUAUACCCUCGACAACGGAGGACACAGCCAUCAGAUCAAAAAGUCGUUUCGACAGACGAACUCCCUCGGUCUCCCGAUGAACACCGCGCAGUGAUCGCGCCGAACCCCCAGACCUCAUCCACCGUGGCAGGCACUCUGGCGAGCCUUCCGAGACCGCGGCUCUUCGCGCGGAUACCUACGACACAGUCACUAUGGAGGACAGGUAGCACAUAUACUGGCCGGGGAGCUAUCAGAUGCGUCUCAGUCGACUCGAACAAGCUUGGCCUAAAGCAGCGUGCGCCGCCGCAUGGCAUCGCCCUUGGGAGAGUGGCACCCAAGGAGAUGGCGGCGACGGUUCCCGGCGCCCAAACGGUGGGCAUACCAAGGGGGAAACAAGAGGAGUUCGCCAAGGUGCUUGGAUUGCAGCCGGAGCGGAACAAGAGGGAGCUGUACGCCAUUUUUAACGCGGACAACCUAUCACGGUUCUACGUGCCAGCGGUCAUGAUGGGCCACAAUUCGCCGACACCGCCAUCUUCGCGAACUGUACAUAUUCUGGGUCGGGAUGAGCGGUCAUUGUUCUUGUCGCACGCCCUGCACAAUAUCUACGACUCAGUUAAACUCGUUGACUUGCCAACGAACACGGCCUAUCCGAACAUUACCGGAAACAUGGGAGUAAAGCGGAGCGCCGGAGGGUGGGUCGAGCGAAACGCCUCCAUAGAUCAGGCCAGGGAACCGCAACAAGAAGAUGGGCACAUCAGCAAUCUGGUGGUCGCCGGUAGGCCAAGUGAGGCCGUCACACUACUCGAGCGGGUGAAGCACCGGGUGGAUGACCGGACGGCUGUCUGCCUCGUUCAGGAUGGACUUGGAAUCGCCCAGGCCGUGAACAACAGAGUCUUUCUAGAUGAGGAAAAACGUCCGUCAAUGGUGCUUGGACACAUCGGUCCUCCUCUGGCGUACGAUCGCAAUACCAGUUCGGUCAGGGUGAUGAGCCCCGAGUACGAAUCCGUCUUGACGGGCUUACCGCCAUUGGUGAGCAAGAAAAAGAAGAAUAUCUGGGCAGAUCCUCGGUUGCGGAUGCAGGGCAUGCUGCAUAAGUUUGAGGCAUCGGACGUGCUGAAGGCCAAGAGUGUGAGGCUCGGCAAUUGGCUGAAUCUUAAAAUCACGUCGCUCAUGUUCUCGGCCGUCGUCGACCCGAUCUGUGUCAUGCUGGACUACCGCUACGAGCAGCUCAUUUACAACCCGACGGCUAACCAGCUCAUUACGCAGCUGCUUGGAGAGAUUGCCGAUGUUGUGGCGCGUAUGGACGAGGUCAAGCACUCGUCGGAGCUGCAGGUCCUUCUCCGGGGUGAGGGCAUGCGCAAGGAGAUCAUGGGGAAGCUCAGGGGCAAGGGAAAUGCGCCAAGCGAGAUGGUGCUGCAGAUUCAGCGCGGCAUGCUGACGGACAUAGACUAUAUCAACGGGUUCUUCAUCAAGAGGGGACGCCAGCUGGGGUUGAAGCUGCCUGCUAACGAACUGGUUGUGGGCAUGGUGAAGGCGAAGCACAAGGCGCAACUAGAGAAGCAUAGGGGAUACCUUCCAUUGGAGUUGACCUCAAGGAAAUGAGUUAGAGACGUUGCCAUAGACGGCGGCUGUAAAUCUGGGUUUUAUGUAUAUCUAACGGCGGGCUAGCAUUUGUAUGAAUACAAAGAACAAGAAAAUUUGUUCACAAUC